AUCAUGUUGCCCCUGCUGCCCUUGCGUCUGUGUCGACUGUGGCCCCGCAGCCCGCCCACCCGGCUCCUCGGAGCGGCCGCCGGGCAGCGGUCUGGCCCCAGUAACUACUAUGAAUUACUAGGUGUGCAUCCCGGAGCCAGCCCUGCAGAAAUUAAACGAGCUUUCUUCACCAAGUCCAAAGAGCUGCACCCCGACCGGGACCUGGGGAACCCAGCCCUACAUAACCUCUUUGUGGAGCUGAGCGAGGCCUACCGCGUGCUCAGCCAUGAGCAGAGCCGGCGCAACUAUGACCACCAGCUCCGUUCAUGGAGCCCCCCGCAGUCCUCGGGGCCUGCAGCCUAUCGCAGUCCUUCCUACCAGGCACAUAGCUCCAAGGAACCACCCAAUGCACAGUACUGGGCCCAGUUCCAUCGUGCGACACCGCAGGGGCCUGAGGCCAGGUUGCGGCUACGCAGACACAACCAACAGGUGCUGGGAUACUGCCUCCUGUUCAUGCUGGCAGGCAUGGUCCUGCACUACGUUGCCUUCAGGAAGCUGGAGCAGAUGCACCGCAACUUCAUGGAUGAAAAGGAUCGGAUCAUCACUGCCAUCUACAACGACACGAGGGCUCGGGCCAGGGCCAACAGAACCAGACUUCAACAGGAACGAGCGCAGAGACAGCAGCCAUCCCUGGACCCUGAGAUCGCGCCCCCAGAUUCUGGUCCCUGA